UUCCGAUCAAAUCAUUCUCAUAGCGAUAAACUCAAACUACGCAAUCUCAAUUCUUACACACAUUCUUUUUGUAAUCUCGCACGAACAACAAAAUAACUUCGUCAUUUGUAAUCAAUCAAAGGUAAAAUGAAUCCAGAAAAUUUCACCCACAAGACAAGGGAGUCACUUGCUGGUGCUCAGGAACUAGCAUUAACUUCAGGACAUGCUCAAGUCACACCACUGCACCUUGCAUCAACUUUAAUUUCUGAUCCAAAUGGUAUAUUUUUCCAAGCAAUUUCCAAUGUUGGCGGUGAAGAAUCUGCACGUGCUUUUGAAAGAGUUUUAAAACAAGCAUUGAAGAAAUUGCCAAGUCAAUCUCCUCUACCAGAAGAAAUACCUGUAAGCACUUCCCUUAUCAAAGUUAUUAGGAGAGCACAGGCAGCACAGAAGUCACGUGGUGACAGUCAUUUAGCUGUUGAUCAAUUGAUAUUGGGAAUUCUUGAGGAUUCUCAAGUUGGUGACUUGUUUAAAGAAUCUGGUGUUGCGGUUUCUCGUGUUAAAACUGAGGUUGAAAAUCUUCGUGGUAAAGGAGGGAAGAAAGUUGAAAGUGCUACUGGUGACACAACUUUUCAAGCAUUGAAAACUUAUGGUAGAGAUUUGGUUGAACAAGCUGAGAAGCUUGAUCCUGUUAUUGGUCGUGAUGAAGAGAUAAGAAGGGUUGUGAGGAUUUUGUCAAGAAGGACUAAGAACAAUCCUGUUCUUAUAGGAGAGCCAGGUGUUGGAAAAACAGCUGUUGUGGAAGGAUUGGCUCAGAGAAUUGUUAGACGCGACGUUCCUAGCAAUCUUGCUGAUGUGAGAUUAAUUGCUUUGGAUAUGGGUGCAUUAGUUGCUGGUGCUAAGUAUAGAGGAGAAUUUGAAGAGAGAUUGAAGGCUGUUUUGAAAGAAGUUGAAGAAGCAGAAGGGAAGGUUAUUCUUUUCAUUGAUGAAAUUCAUCUUGUUCUUGGUGCUGGUCGAACUGAAGGAUCGAUGGAUGCUGCUAAUCUUUUGAAACCUAUGCUUGCUCGUGGACAACUUAGAUGCAUUGGUGCUACAACACUUGAGGAAUAUAGGAAGUAUGUUGAAAAGGAUGCAGCAUUUGAAAGGAGGUUUCAACAGGUUUAUGUGGCUGAACCUAGUGUGCCUGAUACCAUUAGUAUUCUUCGGGGAUUAAAAGAGAGAUAUGAGGGUCAUCACGGUGUUAGAAUUCAAGACCGUGCUAUUGUUGUUGCAGCUCAAUUGUCUAGUCGAUACAUAACUGGGCGUCAUCUUCCUGACAAGGCAAUUGAUUUAAUUGAUGAGGCAUGUGCAAAUGUUAGAGUUCAACUUGAUAGUCAGCCAGAGGAAAUUGACAACCUUGAAAGGAAGAAAGUGCAGUUAGAAGUUGAGCUUCAUGCUCUAGAGAAAGAGAAAGACAAAGCUAGUAAGGCCCGUCUUGUAGAUGUGAGGAAAGAACUAGAUGACUUAAGAGACAAGCUUCAACCUCUGAAGAUGAAAUAUAGUAAAGAGAAAGAGCGAAUCGACGAGAUUCGAAGGCUGAAGCAGAAACGUGAAGAGCUUCAUAUUGCUCUACAGGAAGCUGAGAGACGGUAUGAUCUAGCCAGAGCUGCAGACCUACGAUAUGGUGCUAUCGAUGAGGUCGAGGCUGCAUUGAAACAGCUUGAAGGUAGCAGUGAUGGGAACAAUGAUGAGAACUUAAUGUUGACAGAAACAGUUGGACCAGACCAAAUAGCCGAGGUUGUUAGCCGAUGGACCGGUAUACCGGUGACCCGACUCGGCCAAAACGAGAAAGAAAGGUUGGUUGGACUUGGUGACAGAUUGCACAAUAGAGUUGUGGGACAAGACCAAGCAGUUAAUGCUGUUGCUGAAGCUGUAUUGAGAUCAAGAGCUGGUUUAGGAAGACCUCAACAACCAACUGGUUCGUUCCUUUUCCUCGGUCCGACUGGUGUCGGUAAAACUGAACUUGCAAAGGCUCUUGCAGAACAACUCUUUGAUGAUGAAAAUCAGUUGGUUAGAAUUGACAUGUCGGAAUACAUGGAACAACACUCAGUAUCAAGAUUGAUUGGUGCACCACCAGGGUAUGUAGGUCAUGAGGAAGGUGGUCAAUUAACUGAAGCUGUAAGGAGAAGGCCUUACAGUGUGGUACUUUUUGAUGAAGUGGAGAAAGCACAUACCUCUGUAUUCAACACUCUUCUUCAAGUUUUAGAUGAUGGGAGAUUAACUGAUGGGCAAGGCAGAACUGUUGAUUUUAGAAACACUGUCAUUAUCAUGACCUCAAACCUUGGUGCCGAGCAUCUCCUAGCGGGACUUUCAGGAAAAUGUUCUAUGCAAGUAGCUCGCGAUCGAGUAAUGCAGGAGGUACGAAAGCAUUUCAGGCCAGAAUUGUUAAAUCGGCUUGAUGAAGUUGUUGUAUUUGAUCCUCUUUCGCACGAGCAAUUGAGGAAAGUUGCAAGGUUGCAAAUGAAGGAUGUAGCCAGUCGUCUUGCUGAGAGAGGAAUUGCUUUGGCAGUGACAGAUGCAGCACUAGAUUAUAUACUUGCUGAGAGUUAUGAUCCGGUGUAUGGUGCUAGACCAAUUAGGAGGUGGCUUGAGAAGAAGGUGGUGACGGAACUCUCUAGGAUGCUUAUAAGGGAAGAAAUUGACGAGAAUACAACGGUUUACAUUGAUGCUGGUCCUAAGGGGAGUGACUUGUCAUACCGUGUAGAACAGAAUGGAGGAAUUGUUAAUGCUGAAACUGGAGUGAAGUCAGAUAUUUUGAUUCAAAUACCAAAUGGACCUAAAAGUGAUGCUGCUCAAGCUGUCAAGAGAAUGAAGAUUGAGGAAAUUGACGAGGAUGAAAUGGAAGAGUAAAAUUCAUUGUGCAAUGAUGAAGUUUUUGUGUGGAUAUUGUUACUAGUGUUUAAGUUUGUGUUCUUUUUGAACUUUAGUUUUGUUGAUAUGAAAUGAGUGUGACUGAUGGAUGAAAGUCCUUUGUAAUAGUUGCCUUUUGUUCAUCAGUAAAUUUAGUUUUUGUUGUUGAGUAAUGAGUUCAUUAAUCUCUCUGCAGUUAGAUUAAUAUUAGCCUGUUUUCUA